CGCGUCGAGACACGCCGCUAUCGAUAGCAGCCAUUCACCGGGCCGGCAUCGCCUGGCUUGGCUGACGAGGGCCGGUGCAUGCAUCAAUUCGACAUCUCCGCGCGCGCCCUUCAUCGCCUCUUCUCCUCCCGACAUCCCCAACCAUGAAGGGCCCCUAUCCAGAGAUCCAGGGCGGCGGCUCGUUAAUACUGGCAUGGCAGAUACGGAACAAGCGUGUGCUGGUCGUCGGUGGCGGCGAGGUAGCUGCUGGUCGCAUCGUCAACGUCCUCAACGCCGACGCAAACAUCACCGUCGUGUCGCCGCGCGAAGGCCUCAACGAUGAAGUCGCCUACCGUAUCGAGCAGGGCCAGGUCGAUUACGUCGAUCGCAAGUUCGAGCCCUCGGACCUGGACGGCGUCGACAUGGUCCUGACCGCCGUCGACGACCCCGUCGCAUCAUCCCAAAUAUGGAAGCUCUGCAAGGAGAAGCGCAUCGCUGCGAACAUUGCCGACGUCCCGCCAGAGUGCGACUUCUACUUUGGCAGCGUGCACCGCGACGGGCCCUUGCAGAUCAUGGUCAGCACAAACGGCAAGGGUCCCAAACUGGCCAACAUCGUGAGGAGGCAGAUUGCCGCCGGCCUGCCCCACAACAUCGGCGCCGCUGUCACAAGAGUGGGCAUGCUGCGGAAGAAGCUGAGAAAGGUUGCGCCCAACAUUGAAGAAGGGCCAAAGAGGAUGCAAUGGAUGAUCAAGGUCUGCGAACAAUACUCCCUCGACGACCUCUGCGCCAUGACCGAGGAAGACAUGGAGAUGCUGCUGGGGUUCUACAAGCCCAACACCGUAUCCAGUCUCGAGGAGAUUCGCCUGCUCGAGCCAGAUGGCGCAUACGACGGCCCUUUCUUGAUCUAGUGCGCAUACAUAGGGCGUGGCGUUGGACGGGGAUAGCAUAGAGUGAGCGGGAGUUUGUCUUUGUAUCGGUUUGUAUAUCAAUCUCAUCCCAUCUACUUUCAUAUGCUACACUACAACCAAUCGGCGCUCU